AUGGCUCAGCUGCCGCCCGACGUUGAUGAGGAUGACUGUCUUCCUGAGUACCGCCACCUCUUCAGCCCAGACCUGCUGAGGGACAAGGUGGCAUUUAUCACCGGUGGGGGUUCAGGCAUCGGCUUUCGUAUUGCUGAGAUCUUCAUGCGGCAUGGCUGCCACACUGUCAUCGCCAGCAGGAGCCUACCAAGAGUGUUCACGGCUGCCAAGAAACUGACUGCAGCUACAGGCCAGCGGUGCCUCCCUCUGUCGCUAGAUGUUCGAGAUCCCCCAACCAUCAUAGCUGCAGUGGAUGAGGCCUUGAAGGAGUUUGGAAAAAUUGACAUCCUGGUUAACGGUGCUGCUGGAAACUUCCUGUGCCCCGCCAGUGCCCUGUCCUUCAAUGCCUUCAAGACUGUGUUGGACAUUGACACCGCUGGCACCUUCAAUGUGUCUCGUGUGGUUUAUGAGAAGUUUUUCCAGGAUCAUGGAGGAGUGAUCUUGAACAUCACAGCGACCCUGGGCAAUCGGGGACAGAUAUUCCAGGUGCAUGCGGGCUCGGCCAAGGCCGCUGUGGAUGCCAUGACUCGGCACCUAGCUGUGGAAUGGGGACAUCAGAAUAUCCGAGUUAACAGCCUGGCGCCCGGCCCCAUCAGUGGUACUGAAGGCUUCAGGCGGCUGGGUGGCUUCCUGAACAGCCAGAAACUGCGCUCUUUGGGAAUACCCCUGCAGAGAUGUGGAAACAAGACGGAGAUUGCCCACAGUGCACUCUACCUGGUCAGUCCCAUUGCAUCCUACGUGACUGGAGUCGUGCUAGUGGCUGAUGGUGGUGCAUGGCUGUCCUCCCUCAACAGUACUGAAAUGCUGCCGGGGCUCCCGUCCUUCCCCACGAAGCUCUAG